UCGGGCCGGAGCCGCUUCCUCACAGCGCUCCCUAGGUUUUGGUCGCCGCUGAACCCGCCGUGGGAAGGGCGAGGAGCGGUCGGCGAGGAAGAAGAACGCGGCGGAGGAACACGGAAGAGCCGUCUCUCUGGGGCGGCGGUUCGAAAUUGUUGUAAGUGGCUUUGAAGGCGAGGUACAAUGAAGAACCAAGAUGGGGAAAGCAAAGCUGCUCUGCUUCCUGCCAGCGCUUCCAAAGUGAGCAGUGGCCUGGAGCUAGAAGAUAAUGACUUAGCCGAGGCUCCCAUAGUGACCGCAGGAAGCAGUGAAUGUCCGCACCAGCCCAAUAUGUGCAGCUUGAAGCCUUUGGUUGAUGGAAGUGUCGAGACCCCAGUAAGCAAGGAACAGAGCAAGAAAGAAAAACCACCUCUGGUUAAUGAGGCUGUAUCCCAGCCUGUCACUUGUGAUUUCUCUGAAGAGCUGAGCAGACAACUGGAGGACAUUCUGAGUACAUACUGCAUGGAUACUAACCAGGAAGGCCCCGGAGAUGACAAUGGGCAGAGUGAGCCCAUAGAGUUGGAUGAAGCAGAAAAGUGCCGGAGUGAAUCCCCUAGGAAUGGCGAGCAGGAGCAGAGUUGCCCUGAAAUAAAUGGAGAGAAAGAGGGCCCCAGGGGGGGCAGUGAUGAAGGUGGCGAGCGUGAUCAGAAACGAACCCAGGAAAAAAAGAAGGCCAAAGGGCUGGGCAAGGAGAUCACACUGUUGAUGCAGACACUCAAUACUCUCAGCACACCUGAGGAGAAACUGGCAGCUCUCUGCAAGAAGUACGCUGAACUGCUGGAAGAGCACAGAAACUCUCAGAAGCAAAUGAAAAUCCUACAGAAGAAGCAGACCCAGUUAGUGCAGGAGAAGGAUCAUCUGCGGAGUGAGCACAGCAAGGCCAUCUUGGCUCGCAGCAAGCUGGAAAGCCUGUGCCGGGAACUCCAGAGGCACAACCGCACCCUCAAGGCAAAGGGCGUCCAACGUGCCCGUGAGGAAGAAGAGAAGCGGAAGGAGGUGACAUCCCACUUCCAGGUGACACUCAAUGACAUCCAGCUGCAGAUGGAGCAGCACAACGAGCGCAACUCAAAGCUGCGCCAGGAGAACAUGGAGCUGGCUGAAAGGCUGAAGAAGCUCAUUGAGCAGUACGAGCUGCGGGAGGAGCACAUCGACAAGGUCUUUAAACACAAGGACCUGCAGCAGCAGCUGGUGGAUGCCAAACUCCAGCAGGCCCAAGAGAUGCUGAAGGAGGCUGAGGAGAGGCACCAGCGAGAGAAGGACUUUCUGCUGAAAGAAGCUGUGGAGUCACAGAGGAUGUGUGAGUUGAUGAAGCAACAGGAGGCGCAUCUCAAGCAACAGCUCGCUCUCUAUACAGAGAAGUUUGAAGAGUUUCAGAAUACACUUUCCAAAAGCAGUGAGGUGUUCACCACCUUUAAGCAAGAAAUGGAGAAGAUGACGAAGAAGAUUAAGAAGCUGGAGAAAGAAACCACCAUGUACAGGUCCCGCUGGGAAAGCAGCAACAAGGCCCUUCUGGAAAUGGCAGAAGAGAAAACCCUCCGGGACAAAGAACUAGAAGGGCUUCAGGUGAAAAUCCAACGCCUUGAGAAGCUGUGCCGGGCCCUGCAGACUGAGCGCAAUGACCUGAAUAAAAAGGUGCAGGACCUGUGCUCCCUUGCAUCUCCAGCUGCUGGCACGGACGUCCAGCAGUCUCCAAAGGACAAAUCCCAAGGCAGCUCGGAGGAGCCAGCAUCACAGGGCACUAAGAUGGGAGAGUGCCUUACUCUGGCACAAGCCGUGUGCGUCACAAGGCCUGCUGAGAGGCUUGGGGAACCGAGCAUAGGAGUGCCACCGCAGGACAAAACUGAGGAAGCUGCUAACUCUGCUGAGUAAAGGUAGAGGAAGGGAGGGUGGCUAGCAGACUUCUCCAGAGACUGAUCCAUUCCCCUUUCUGAGCCCAGGCUCAGUCCUCCUGGGUUUUAAGGUUUUCCAGUUAAAGCUUUUGACAUACUGAAGGCUUUUUCUUUCUUCUUUUUCUUUUUAAAAAAAUCUUAACUCUGUAUAUUAUAUGACAUGAUGUUGUACAGAGCAACACCCACCUUUUUAUAGAUAUAUCUACAAACUACAUUGAUCCACUUCUCCACGUGUUGCGUGAACAUCUGCGUGUGUGUGGCAGUUUCACCAAAAGACCUUCUGAAGGGUGGGGCCUGGGGGGAAACAUGCCGCCCCAACUCUCCCCCACCUCCAUUCCACAUUAGUAGCAUCCAU